AAUAAUAAUUUGUUGUUGUUAAUACCCCACCCAUCUGACUGGGUUGCCCCAGGCAUUCUGGGCAGCUCCCAACAUAUAUAAAAACAUCAUUAAACGUUACAAAAAACUUCUCUAUACAGGGCUGGCUUCAGAUGUCUUCUCAAGGUUGUAUAGUUACUUAUCUCCUUGGCUUAAGUGGGGUGGCAUAACUGCAUACCCUCCAACAUUUCUCUGAUGAAAAUAGGUACGUCCUAAGGAAAAGCGGGACAUUCCAGGAUAAAAUCAGAAACCAGGACGGUUUCUAUAAAUCUGUGGCUGUCCCUGGAAAAUUAGGGACACUUGGAGGGUCUGGAAUCCCGAGGGUCGUCUAGUCCAACCCGCUUGCAAUGCAGGAAUCUUUUUGCCCAAGGUGAGGUUUCGAACCCCUGAAGCUGCGAUUAAGGGUUCUUAAAAAUGUAAGAAAUAGUAACGCGAAGGAUGCUUUAGGGCGGGAUGCCGAGUCAUAGCAAACAAGAGAAUUCCGAUGAUCCCCUGCUGCUGGCGAUUUGCCAGCUUAGGCAUUUUUCUCAGGCCAGCCUCUCUCCUCCGCCUCAAGGGGCCGCUGCUCUCGCAGCCAAAAGCUCCCUCCAGACUGCUGGGCUUUGCGCGUUCCGGGCUGCGGAGCUGGGCGCACGCAGCUCGGGGAGGCUUGGCUCCAAAAUGCCCGCGUGCUGCUGCCGCCGCCGGACGCCGCCGGUGCCCAGGGCCGCCGCGUGCCCCGGCUGGCUCUCGUGGGCGCUGCUGUGGUGCAGCUUGGCCUUGGCCCCGGCCGGCGGCUACGUGAUCGUGAACUCGGUGUCGUGGUCCGUCACCAACGAGGUGGAGGAAGAGCUGCACAGCUCCUCCAACGAGGAGGUUCUCCCCGCGCUCCUGGAAGACACCACGGGCAUCUGGAAGCAGAGCUACCCGGCCUCGGUGUACAAAGAGGUGGAGGAGGAGGAAGAGGAGGAGAUGAGGUCCAGGCCGGGGGCGGCGAGGCCGAAGCAGAACUCGUCCCCUUCCCGCAUGUUUUCCUACCGGAGAGCGAGCGCCAAAGGGGGCACGGAGAGCCUCGCGCCCCACGAGCAAGCGGCCAGGGCGGCCCGGUUCCUGAUCCAUUCCAGCAGCUGGGGAUUCCUGGCCACGAGAUCCGCUCAAGAAAAGGUACCACGCCUCUGCUAGAAACUAUAUAUAUAUAUUUAUAUAUCCUCCAUAUAUGCCAUAGUCACAACAAAAUACAAAACUGCAGCAUCAUAAAAUGAGGCUAUAUAUUUAAAAAAAUCAUAAAAAUGAGGCUAUAUAUAUAUAUAUAUAUAUAUAAUAUAUAUAUUUGGCCUCAUUUUAUGAUGCUGCAGUUUUGUAUUUUGUUGUGAAUGUCCUCCACCAUCCCAAGAACUCUUGUUGAAGGAUGGUCUGCUAAACGGGAAUAAUGAUGAUAGCACAGGAAUGCUGUUUGGGAUGCGCUGUUUCAAUCCAGGCUUCUGUGCACUCCCAACAGCAUCUUGUCACUGCGAUAGGCGAUUAUUCUUGCUCCGUGACAGACCUUCCGAUACUAGCUAUAUAAAUGGAACAGCUUUUCAUGGAUCGUUGCUGUCUCACUGUAGAAAUUGCAGAGUGGGGGGUGUUGUUUUACAUCUUUAGGAGCCAUUUGCAAGGGGCAUCAUCUGACUGUAAACGUAGAGGAGAAGUUUGCAUAUUUUAACUAAGGAUAUACAACAGAGGAAUUCUGGUAUUGCAAGUCGAGUAUUUUUAAAACGAUGUGAAAGGUAGUUGAGAUGUGGACCAAAUUCCUAAAAGGUGUACACUAUGCAAGAUUAGUUUACUACAGUGACACUACAGUCUAGUGUAGUGAUAAAUUUUGAAGCGCAGGAGCUUAUCGCAACAGUCCCCACAGCCACACCCCCAAGAAAUGUCCAAAAAUGCAAAUAGCUGAGUUGAUCUAUCAUUACACACAUAGGAGCAUACGUAGCAUAAUGCCAAAUUUAUCGGAAUGCCUGCAAUCCAAUGCAUAUUUUCCUGGGAGUAAGCUCCUAGGUUUUACUGCAUGGAUUUAAUUUGUAAAACACCCUGAGCCUUAACAAAAAAUCUCCAGCCAUCUUAAAUUCAUCCUUUAUUUUUCAAUUAGGCACGCACAAUCUUACAAAGAAGUGCUAACAUUUAAACUGCUAGCGUGUCUCUUCUUGAUUGUUUUCCUCAUUCUCCGAACCCUCCAUGCAAACAAACUUGAAAGCCUCAUGAUCACCUCAGUCACUUGCCAGAGUAAGAAGGCUCUGUCCAUCACCCUGAUGGUCCAGCAAUGCUCCCUUGCAUACUGCCUUUUGCUGUACCAGCAUGGGUGUAGCUGGGGGAGGGGGCAGCUGCUCUCCCCUAGGUCCACAUAUAUUACUGAAAAGCAUUAGAAGUACUCAAUUAUCUGAGUACAAGUCAUCUGUCCAAGUCAUCUGUCAAGAGAACUAUUUGCCAGCCUGGCCAGGACACCGGCCUGUUAUACCUUCUGGGCUUGAUGUGGCAUGUGACCCUCACCUUUCCUGAAUGCCUGUUCCAGCUAAGGAAUCACACAUCUCUUCCCCAAGGUAGCCAGCCCCACCUGGGCUGUGGGUCCUUGCCUGCCUUCUCUCAGAACUGACAGCUGUAAGUGCUGGAAUCCUGAGUUCAGGGGUAGUACGUCCCAUUUUGCCACUUGAGGCAAAACAGGAAGUGCCACACCACCACAACCCAUGGGACACUGCCCACCGCUGCGCCACCUGCCGGUGGCACUGCAGCUGUGCCACCAGCUGUGUCAUCACCGCCGCAUGUGGAGCAGCAGUGCCGGCAUGGGCGCCAAUGCCCUGAAAGAGCUUGCCAAGAUCUCACCCAGAUCUCAUGAGAUCUUUUGCUCUCCUUGACGUCUUGCAAGAAUUCGAUGAGAUCUCACAAGAUCUUGCAGGACAUCAGCACCUAUCCUGGUACCGCUUCUCUGGCAGAGGUGAGAAGGGCAUGGCAGGAGGCACUCAUGAGGGCGCUGCCUCGGGGGCAUCCACUGUCUGAGAUAGCUACUUCAUGGGUGGGCUGGCCUUACCUGAGGUCACUAUGGGCAUGCACACUGGUAUCUGUUUACCUGUAAGCACACACCUUUAUUUAUUUAUUUUAAUCUCCCAGAUUUGCACAAAACAGCAGUCGUUUGUGUGUGCGUUUGUGUGUUGCUCCAAGCCAGGAAACCUGAGAUCCACGGGUAUUUGUUUACAUGUGCACAUACACCUCUUGUGAUCUACCAUGCUUGCACAAAAGAGUAGUCCAAAAAUAAGUGAUGCCUCACUCCAAAGUAGGUAAGGAUUUGGAGCUGUUUACAUGAAAGGCUGGCUGUCGCUUCAUUUCCUCCCCAUCUCCUGUACCCAAAUAUUUUCAGUAUUAUUGAAAAGCAUUGAAAGUACUCAAUUAUCUGAGGUUCUACCUCCCCCAGCCGAAGCCUGCCCCCCCCCCCCAUGCCCGUGAUUCCCCAAGAAAAGCUCAACAGCUUUGAUUUCCUAAAAAGAACUCAACAGCUCUCCAUCGCAUGAAGGACACAGAUUUUCCUAGUGAGCUGUGAUCUUCUUUCAGGUAGUCUGUGGCACGUCUAUAUACCAAGUAAACAAUAUACAAGUAAACACUGUACGGCAUUUAGCACAGAGCACUGCAAAUUGCCACGGUAGGCAGAAAAAUAAUUGAGUGAUCCACUGAGACCGUCAGCCAUUUUCAAGUAGUCUAAGGGAAAAGGUUUGGGAACCACUGUUCUAAACCACUGGGCCUUUGUGGAUAGCAAUGGUGGACUGUUUCUAGCUGUGCGUUAAAUGUGGCUGCAAAAAAUAGAUAAAGUUGUAUGUGGACCACGUUGCGCUGAGGUGUCUCUAUCAAAUUUUAAAGCAUUUAAAACAGAUAUUUGUGGAAUGCUGCUUCAGUUAUGAUAGAUGUGACUUCCAAUAUAGCAUUCUUCCUAAACUUGGGGGUGAGGGAAGGUUCCCCACAGCACCUAAAAACUGAACUCUUGCUACUGAACUAGGGGUGGUUAACCUAUGACAGGCUUCCUCAACCUCAGCCCUCCAGAUGUUUUGAGACUACAAUUCCCAUCAUCCCUAACCACUGGUCCUGCUAGCUAGAGAUCAUGGGAGUUGUAGGCCAAAAACAUCUAGAGGGCUGAGGUUGAGGGAGCCUGACCUUCCAGAUGUUGUUGGAGACCAGCCCACAUCAGCCCCAGAUGCAUGGUCAAUAUUUAGGGGUGAUGGGAGUUGUCAUACAGCAAUAUUGGGAAGGCUGCCAGUUAGCCGCCUUAUGAUAAUACGUUAUGUACAAACAUUAUUUGUAACAGCAGGACAUCAUUGUUUUAUUUUCAUGGGGUAUAUUUUAAAGCUCUUGCUUUUGAAAUACAUUGGUUUACAUAAGUAGUUAAUGUGAAUAUUUUCAGUGUCGCCGCAGAGAAGGAUUUUAUAUGCAAAAAACAAAAUAUGCUCUUCUUAUUUUUCUCCCCCUACUUCCCAGCUAUAUUCUCCCAGAUAAAAUUAAACAUUAUGUUAGAUACAGUGGAAAGGUUUAGUGUGUGCCUUAAAUAUCCCCAUUGAUGUCAGUGGCAUUUAAUUUGCUUAACUUUGGCUCCAUCGUGCUGGUGUUUUCUUUUUUAAAGGGAAACGUGCAUAAGCAUCAGCCUUUGCGGUCUCUAGAAGGCGCUGUUAAAGCAACCUUCUCUCAGUGUGACUGUGAAAUGCAGCGGGUUAGUUGGUAACAAAAGGUCAUUAAUGAAAUAUUAAUAAAAUAAAAUAUUCCCCAUUGUACAAUAGAAGUCUGUGCAGCAGAGGUCUGUAAUACCAUCUUAGGUCUCCGAUAACAUUAUUGGACUAUAAAGCCUCAGGUAUUAUCAUUUGUUUUCUUGCAAGGUCUUUCAGUAGAAGUGCAGACUUGAUGUUAGAUGAACGGUUGCCUGCAAUUAUAAUACAUAGCUCAUGAUAAAAAAAAGAACAAAAAAACUUUGGACUUGUGCCCUUUAAAACUGGAGAUUUUCUUGCCUCAGAGUGAACUUAAAGCAGUUCUUUGAAACCUAGAUGUAAGUUACAAAAAAGCAUAAUUUGCCAUCAGAUUUCUAAACAAUGGGUUAACACGUUUGCUAUGAAUUGCAUUUUUAAAAAAUGAGCAUUGACGAUGUAAGAUUAUUAAUAUAUCUCUGAGCAACUGUCAGAUUUUAAAAAUUGAUUGCAGUGCAUUACUAAUCUGAAACGUUUCCUCUUCAUUCCUUAUGUGGAAGACAAAUUGCAUUUAGAUAUAUAAGAAGUAGCACGUUAUGUAUGAGAUGCACACACAGAGGAGUAUAUGUUUGCACAGCAAAUUUCUAUUUUCUACUAAAUGGUUUUGAAGUAUUUGUGGGGGUUUUUGUGAGCUGCCUUAGGCAUUGCACAGUGGAAAAGCAGGAUGAAGAAGAAGAAGAAGAAGAGUUUGGAUUUGAUAUCCCGCCUUUCACUCCCUUUAAGGAGUCUCAAAGCGGCUAACAUUCUCCUUUCCCUUCCUCCCCCACAACAAACGCUCUGUGAGGUGAGUGGGGCUGAGAGACUUCAGAGAAGUGUGACUAGCCCAAGGUCACCCAGCAGCUGCAUGUGGAGGAGCGGAGACUCAAACCCGGUUCCCCAGAUUACGAGACUACCGCUCUUAACCACUACACCAUAAAAAUCUCUUAUUUAUUUAAUUUUUUUAACUGACAUUCAUUACUUUCCCAAGUGAAUCAUGUGAAAUAUAGUUAGGUGAGAAUGCUCAGAAUUCUGUGUUAGAAAUCUCUAGGCCAUCUUCACAGAAUUACAGUCCUCAAAGCAAUAUGAAUCUUUAUGGUAUAUAUAUUCAGUUUUAUAAAAUCGCCACAGGCCUUAGUGAUUCAUGGAGAAACAUCAUUUUUUAUUAUUAAAGAGGGUGUUUUAUUAUUUGCAGUACAAACACACCUUUUUAACAAAAUAAAAAAAUCCUUCCAGUAGCACCUUAGAGACCAACUAAGUUUGUUAUUGGUAUGAGCUUUCGUGUACAUGCACACUUCUUCAGAUACCUGAUGCAUGCACAUGAAAGCUCACACCAAUAACAAACUUAGUUGGUCUCUAAGUUGCUACUGGAAGUAUUUUUUAAAUUUUGUUUCCACUACGGCAGACCAACACGGCUACCUACUUAUAUCUACACCUUUUUAAAUUAUUUCUGUAAAGUGUCUGGGGUUUUUUUUAUUGAGUCUGGUUUAACCUGAAAGGUGAGAAAGCAGGUGAACGAUCUACUUGAGCAAGGUUCUAGAUUCAGGUAGGUAGUUGUGUUGGUCUGAGGCAGUCGAAAUAUAUAAAUUGUCCAGUAGCACCUAAGAGACCAACUAAGUUUUGUGUGCCUGCACACAAAAGCUUAUACCAAGAACAAACUUAGUUGGUCUCUAAAGUGCUACUGGACAAUUUUUUAAUAUAUAUUUCUACCUGAGCAAGUGAGAGAUAUAUACUGUAUGUGUGUGUAUGUUAUCAGUUCUGAUCAACAAAUCUAAUUUAAUGAAGUACAAACCAGUGGUAGUCAGGGAAGUAGAACUGAAUAUACUACAUUGGUUCUUUUAAUUUCUGGCAAGCAUCUUUGUAGAAGACAUUUGCAACGCUUUCUAAGCACAACUUGCUUGGAAUUUUUCAGAUCCGGGGAGCACCGUUUGGGAAUUGCUUAUCUAUUAGCGAUGGCCCCACAGACAAUAGCACUGGAAUUCCUUUUUUUUAUGUGACUCCAAAGGACAACACAGUAGCUGAUCUGAUGAAAAAUUCCGUUGCUUCCCUGACAUUGCCAGAGGCAGAAGGAGAUAUCUGCAGGUACAAUGAUUACGAGAGCAUUAGGUGGUUGUGUUACAUAACAUGAAGGCUCUUUUCAGCUUAAAUCACAACAAAUAUGGUGCUGUUUAUUCAUUUGCUGUGGGAGAUUUACAUUUUCUUCUAGCGUGUGGAUGUUGGACUUUCCCAGUGCUGAAGCUGAAAUGAGUUGUAUUGCUGUUGUUUGCUGAGAAAAGGUGUUUUCCAACUCCCGAGUUUGUAUAUUCUAAGUGUAACCUAUCAGAUGGUGUCUGGGACGUCACUGAUGUUGACAAGUACCAGGACAUGCACAUCCAUACUUAUGCCAUUUUGUUAACAUUUAAGAAAGUUGUUUGCGUUUGAAGCAAAGCACUUCACGGCUGUCAUACUUAAGUGACAAUGUUCUGGUCUAGCCCCAGAGGGACUAUAUGUUUGAUCUCAGAGCAGAUAAAAUAUACACAUGGAGCACCACGGGGUUGUAUGUGCUGUCAUCGACACAGAUUGGGUCCAUGCACCCACCCGUCUGGUUUUGAGGCCUGGAGGCAAAGCAAGCUCUGACAAGUACUCGGAACCAGAAGGCAAGAAGCCAAACACAUUCUGAGAGCAGCUUGACCGUGACCAGUUGCUCAGCCUGGGUUUUAUAGGACCAGAUGGGCCCUAACUCACCCAUUCCGUCAUGCGACAAGUGCUGAGCAGCUUGGGGGACAAGCGAUCGUAAAGGGAAGGACUGUCUUGACCCUUUCUCCUGAAGGGAAGUUUUUCUUUCUGCAGUUCAUUCUCCACCUGCAGUUUUCCUUCCCCAAGUCAUUUCCUCAGCUGCUCUCAUCAGACAGCGUGCCAGAGGCAUGCUUUCAAGAGCAAACGCACAUCUAGAAUGCUGUGAGGCAAGGUGAAAAAGUAGUUGGGAGCGUCAACAGCAGCCAAUGGGAAAGUAAUGGACCCCUCCUUUCCCAAAGCUGAAUUUCUUUAGAAAAAAGUCCAAGUUAUAGUUUGUUCCAUGUGCCUGGAUCUAGUUGUCAUACCGCCUGAUUAAAAACCCAACCUUUUACGUAUGUGUGUGUGUGUGUGUGUGUGUGUAUGUAUAUAUAUAACAUUUUAUUUUUCAAUGCACAACUGAAAUUGUGUUUAUUUAUGCCUGGAUACAUACAAAAACACUUUUACGCCACUAACACAUCGGCUUCUUUGAUCUUCUCUUCUGCUUUUCUGCUGAAAAAUUCUGCUUUCACUAUUACAGGCUGUCUGGGCAGUUUCCUCAUGCCAGGACUUCGUAGUAACCCGAGCAUACAACAUCAAUAACUGGAGCUAAUCCCGUCUGCUCACUAACAGGUUUCCAGAGCUUAUUCAGAUUCACUGUAGGGCAGAGGUGCUGGUUUUUCUUCAAGUGGUAAUGUCUCAUACCAACUUUUUCAAAAUAACCAGGAUGAUAUAGUUUGUCAAAAUUGAUUAUGUGGUGGUACAUACCCCCAGCAUCACCACGGCCUCCAGGAUACUCUGUUUCCUGGUCUUCCUUAGUCUGGAAGGCAUCCUUCUGGGCCAGAGUCAAGAGGAAAGAGGCAGGCUUCUCACGCGAGUAACCCAACUUGAUGCUUGUUGCGGUCAGCUUUGAAAGUGCACAUAAUGCCUCGGGGCAUAUGGGAGGAACGGAAUCCAGAGUCCGUCUUCUGCCCAAAUAGGUGAUCAUUGCUGUCAGACAACUGUCAUCUGUUCAGAGGGUGCAUAUGAGGAAAUCUUAGCACGUAGCAACAAGGAGAAAUUAGCAGAUGAAGAAACAAGUAGAUUCAAAACUCUUUAACAAUUCCAUCUGCAGCAUGCAAGUGGAUGUGAACUCAACUAGAAAAGGGAAUUCAAUCAAGUACAGGCAUGUCAUUUUUAGAAGCUAUUGGAAUUUUAACUCCGAGCUUUGAAGUGUGGUGUGUGUGUAAGAAAGAGAAAGCUCUUUAUCGCAAAAGCUGCAGCAGCAAGGAAGUUAACAGUGCCCGGAAGCAUAAAGCCAAAGAUCAAGAGAAGCUUUUCAGAUUAUGAAUUUUGCUUUCAAGUGAGAUUUAGUUUGAUGUCCGUACCACACAGAUUAGUAAAGCUAAUACAUGCUUACUAGCUCAUAUCCUUUAAGGGUGUGUUACGAUUUAUGGGCCACAGAGGAUGCAUGUAAGGUAUGCAGUUGUGCUUUUCAAAACAUAAAAUGAAUGUGAUGUGGGUUUCUGAUAAAUUAGCUGCAGUAUUUAUCUGUUAAUAUAGCUUUGCCUUCUGUACUGCUGUGGUGGUGGUGGAGGGGAUUCAAAAUAUUUGGGAACCUGGUUUGCAUCAAGCUGAGUCAUGUUUGAAGACACCCAUAUCAUGCCAGCCAUUGUUUGUCCACAUAUGCUGAUCUAUUUCGGAGUGAAGAUUGCUUAGCACUGGGUCUGAACCCAUAAGAGGCUAAAUGGGAAGAGAAAAAUUGUAGGACAAAAAAUUACACAGAAGUGUUUCAAAAGGCUCAAACUAGGAGCUAAUUUCCUGCUCCCUAUGCUAUCAGCAUACCUUCCAACAUUUCUCUGAUGAAAAUAAGGACGUCCUAUUCAAUAACAGGGAUUAAACCACAGAGCCUAGGACUUGCCGAUCAGAAGGUCGGCGGUUCAAAUCCCCAUGACGGGGUGAGCUCCCGUUGCUUGGUCCCUGCUCCAGCCAACUUAGCAGUUUGAAAACAUGUCAAAGUGCAAGUAGAUAAAUAGGUACCGCUCCGGCGGGAAGGUAAACAGUGUUUUUGUGCGCUGCUCUGGUUCGCCAGAAGCAGCUUAGUCAUGCUAGCCACAUGACCCGGAAGCUGUACACCAGCUCCCUUGGCCAAUAAAGCAAGAUGAGCGCCACAACCCCAGAGUCGGCCAUGACUGGACCUAAUGGUCAGGAGUCCCUUUACCUUUAUUCAACAACAACAAGAGGAAGAUUUUUACUAUUUCUACCCUGCCCAUCUGACUGGCUUGCCCCAGCCACUCUAGGCAGCUUCCAACAUAUAUAAAAACAUCAUAAAACAUUAAAAAAACCUCCCCAUACAGGGCUGCCAUCAGAUGGCUUGGGAGUUGGUCUGCUGACUAGAGGGCAAUUUGAACUAGGAUACUGAACUAAUACACCAUUCUUUAGCCCUACUCUCUUGGGGACUCGUAUAUAAUUAUUUGAUAUAACACUCCAGUAUCUGAUCCCUUUCCUAAUCUCUCUGACUGAGCCAUUUGUUGGUGAGAGCUACCACCAUGCUUUCCUUUUGCAUUGCCACACUGCUGGUUUUUGGCCUGCCUCAAGUCUGUGCAAAAGUUGUGUAAAAGAAGGAAUUUCAGGUUGUAGCUUGCAUGACAAUCCAUGCCCAUCCAUUUGCUUGCCUUGUCAUUUCCGGGACAUCAGUGCAAAUUUUGAAACUGAGCUAUCACGGCUUCUCCCCAAAAAUCCUGGGAAUGUCAACCUUGAGAGGGACCAAGUUGUGGGGAGUAGAAGAACAUGGCCAAGAAAGGAAUGCAGAGAUUCAUGGACCACUUUUAUUGGUGCAGCCCUCCAUGCUGAGGUCUGUUAUAGUAAAGCUAAAGGUACCCCUGCCCGUACGGGCCAGUCGUGUCUGACUCUGGGGUUGCGUGCUCAUCUCGCUCUAGAGGCCGUGACCCGGCGCCAUCCGAAGACACUUCCGGGUCACGUGGCCAGCGUGACGAAGCUGCAGCUGGCGAGCCAGCACCAGCGCAGCACACGGAAAUGCCAUUUUUACCUUCCCGCUAUAAAGCGGUACCUAUUUAUCUACUUGCACUUAGGGGUGCUUUCGAACUGCUAGGUGGGCAGGAGCUGGGACCGAACGACGGGAGCUCACCCCGCCGCGGGGAUUUGAACCGCCGACCAUACGAUCGGCAAGUCCUAGGCACUGAGGUUUUACCCACAGCGCCACCCGCGUCCCUUCUGUUAUAGUGCACCAGCAUAAAUAAUCUUAGAACUGUUUCAUGACAGCUAUGAAUGAUCAGGUGAAACAUUCAGUGAAACUCCAGCAUACACUAAUAAAUUUGAUGUUGACAGUACUCUCGUGUAGGCACAGACUUUAAUAAGCAGGUUGACAGGCUCCUUUCCUGAGUCAUUCUCAAACUGGGAAUUCACAUGUGUGAAAGAAGAGGAAUAAGUAGGUGGAAAAGAAACAAUGCUUUUCAACACAUCCUCCACCUAGAAUUACACAACUGUUUUGUUUGCGUUUCUUCACAAUCUGGAAUUUAUCCAGAUGUUUAUGCUGCCGUUUUGUAACCUGAGAGUAAGCCCCACUGAACUGAGCAGGACUUACGUCUGAGAAGAUACAUCUAGGAUUAUGCUUUAAAACUGGGGGCACUUCCAGACUGUUGCCUUUUCAGGUGCAGAUUCACAAUCGCAUCCCAGCCGCAUUCAGGUUGGCAAUCAAAGCUGAUUUGAAGAGUGUGCACAACAAACUGGUUCCCUCCCUGCCCCUGCCCCCCCAUGUGAUAAGGACAGAGUUGGGGAAAGGCAUUGCAAAAUGUGGGAUAACACUUGCUUGAAGCAAUGUUGCGUAACUCCCCCCAACCACCACCUCUGCAAAUUCAGAAUGCAUGCUCAAUAAUUGGCUAAUGUAAUCUAACCACCCUGCAAUCAAACUGGGAUGAAUGCCCAAUAACAGGUUACCUGUUUUUACCGGAAGCACCCUAGUUUAAACAUAAGGACUGUUGUUGUUGUUGUUGUUGUUACUAUUAUUAUUAAUUAAAUUUCUAUACCACCCUUCAUCCGACAAUCACAGGGUGGUUUACAAUAUAAAAGCACAAAAAUACAUAACAUAAAGGUAAAGGUAAAGGGACCCCUGACCACUAGGUCCAGUCGUGACCGACUCUGGGGUUGCAGUGCUCAUCUCGCUUUAUUGGCCGAGGGAGCCGUCGUACAGCUUCCAGGUCAUGUGGCCAGCAUGACUAAGCCGCUUCUGGCGAACCAGAGCAGCGCACGGAAACACCGUUUACCUUCCCGCCGGAGCGGUACCUAUUUAUCUACUUGCACUUUGAAAUGCUUUUGAAUUGCUAGGUUGGCAGGAGCAGGGACCGAGCAACAGGAGCUCACCCCAUCACGGGGAUUCGAACCGCUGACCUUCUGAUCGGCAAGUCCUAGGCUCUGUGGUUUAACCCACAGCGCCACCCGGGUCCCUAAUACAUAACAUUGUAACAAGCAAAAACAAUGUCCCCUUGCCCCUCAUCGUUCAAAAGACCACAGACUGUUGAAUUAGCCAAAGACCUGGAUAAUACGGAAACACCUCUUACAUUGCCCUGUGACAGUAGUAUCCAACCUGGUGACUCCAGAUGCUUUUGGACUACAACUCCCAUCAACCUAAGCCAUCAAGGUGAUGGAAGAUCCAACAUCUUUUCAAGGGCACCACAAUGGGUACCAGUGGUCUAUGAGAAUUUAGUACAAGCUUAUUUCUCUCCACUGCACUAAACUAAAUGCUAUUCAUAAAACAGGCACAUUACAGCUGCCUAAAGAGGUAGAACAUAGGAGAAAAACAAGCUAUGCUAGACAGACGGAAGCAGUACGCUAUUAUUCUUUCUUGUAGGUAUGCUAAUAGUGAAGUGCUGCGGGAGGUUGGACCUGCAGUUUUGGGAUGCAGUGCACAAAGCAUUUAAUCUGGAGAACUCGCAUAAAUUUCAGCUGGAUGGUACAAUAGAGAAACUACGCCAGAAUAUAUGGUUGGUGAAUGACAGCUUUUAUUGCACACAGGCUGCAGCUCCCUAAAUCAGAUUUGCUAGAGUCAUCUUCUUAUAUGAUAUAUUGCAACAUGCAUUCAGCGGGGCUUACUCGCAGGAACGUGUGCCUAGAAUGGCAGCCUGAACCAAGUAUAGUUCAAGUGAGGGGAAAUUAAUUCCAUUUUCUUAUUACUCAGAAAUAUAUUGCUGCGAGCAGCUUUUCAAAUCUGCAAAGUUAAGGAUGCGGUCCUAUGCAAGUUUAUUCAUGUGUAUUAUUAUUUUCUGAAUUUAUAUACCGCCUUAUAACCGGAGGUCCCGGGGCGGGUCGCAGAAUAAAAGCAAAAUAUAAAACAACAAAAUACAUACUCAAAAUAAAAACAACAAUCUAAUAACACCCCUCCCCAAUAAACACAAUGCGAUUUUGAUUUAUGCCUGCAUAAUAGGUAAUAACCUUCCAAAGCGUGUGGGAGGGAUAAAAGUAGAAACGAACAAUAAAUAGAAACUGGUAUUAGUUCUACUGAACCUGUUGUGACUUCCUUUGCUGGUAUUGCUAUAUGUUACCCAAUCGUUUAUGUUGUUCUUACAUAAAGAGCAACAAAGAGUUUAGUAUAAAUUUGUUAUAGUAAGACAGAUAACCUGAAUCUUUAGGGGAUCAGUAUAGCAAUACCUCUUUGUACCAAACAUUAAUAAAACUAUUUUAUUUCAGCAAGGGUUGUGAUAGUGUUAAAAACAAAUUGUUUGUAUCCAUACCUUCUUUUUGAGAAUACAAUGCUGGUUAAUAUUUGACGUGGGCAUCUGUUUGUGUGUCUCAAUGGUUCCCUAUUUUUUUUUAUAACAGAUAAUGGAAUUUUGUUGAGAAUCAUUGCCUUCUGUGAGACAGGAUAUAGACGUCUUCAUUUGCCCUUAUAUUAUUGCCUCUGACACCCAUACCUAUAUCACUCAUAACAGAAAUGUGUAAUAUCUGCCCUUCACAAUAAACUGGUAUGGUCUGGUCCAUAUUUUGAAGACUGCUUAAGUUUACAUAUGAAGUUAACACAUGUAGAUCUGCAGGUACAGGUUCUGAAGUGCAGUAACACAACUUUUGAACAAAUGGCCUGUAGUCCACUAAAGCUUCACCAACCAGAGUGCCCUCCAGAAUUUGUGGACUACAACUCCCAUCAGCUUUAGCCAGUAUAAGCUACUCCUGGCUGGGAUUGAUGGGAAUUGUAGUCCACAUGGAAGGUGCCAUGUUAGCAAAGACUGGUUUACGCCAUAAUAAAUUAGUUAAUCUUUAAGCUGCCAUAUAGCAUAAACACUUUUCUUUGCUUACAGAAAAACAAUCGUUGACCCUGAUGAUCCACGGUGUGUCAGACUUAUUCUUACAGGGCAGAUGGUGACGGUGCCUCUGGAAGAAAUGGAAUUUGCCAAGCAAGCAUUGUUUUCUAGGUCUGUAUGAAUCUAAUGUUACUGUGCUAACAGGAGGGGUGGGGGUGAAAUAAAAUAAGGCAUUUGGACCAAGAACUGAAGGAAUAAUACAUGAGCAUUGUCUCCCACCCCCAGAACGGAACUUCUCCCUAACGCAUCUGCUAGCAAGAGCCAAAUGUUAAUUGAAAACUUGGGUUCCUCCCAGGCACUUUUUAAGUACCGUACUUGUAAAUCCUUAUGGUCAGUGCUUAACUCUCUUAUUUGAAAUCCAUGGGUUUUAAAGAUGCUUUAGCAUUGAUUGAAUAAUGUCCAAGGUUAAUGUGAGGGAAUGCUCGACAGUACACUAGCUGGCACAACAUCACAAUCCUACUACACAUGUCAGGAUGCAGAACUAAUUCCUAUUGAAUUUAGUGGCACUUACUCCCGGGUAAGCGUAGCUAGUAUUGCAGCCCAACAGAGCAACCCAAACAACAGAAAGCAAGGGUAAUUUAUGCCAGGGUAAUUUGUGUCGUGUGUAAUUUACCCCUAUGGCAUACUCAGUUCAAGAGUGGGGCUACCGCUAGCUUGAGCUGGUCUGAGCCUGUAAGGAAAAACAAUAGAGUUUUAAAUAGUUUUAAAGCAGAGUUUUACUUACACCACCCUUUUUUACCACUGUAGUUUCCGUUGGGUUGCUGGGUCCCAUGGCUGAACUGAAAGAGUUUGGAACAGGAGUAAGUCUGCUCUUGCCUCCCCAUGACCCAUAACACCCCGUUUUCAGGACGCACCCUGGCCUUGGUUCAGCUGAGCCAGAAUGGAGGACUUACAACGGCGUAUCUACCGCUGAUUAGGGGCAUUAGCUAGAGAGCCACCUCUUCCAAACGCCACUCAUCCUGGCAAACCUUGGGUUUGGAUUGCUCCCUUAGUAAUACAUAGUGCUUCCACCUGUCCUGUGCUUAAAAAGAAUGGGUCUGUGAGGUUUUCUGCUUGUCCCACUGCUUUCCCCAGGCAAACCCACUGUUUGCCCCUGAAUUGGAACAAACGCCAGUCCACAGAAAACCUGAUUGACAUUUGCUCCAAUUCAGCAGUAAACAGCAGGUUUUCCCCGGGGCAAAGCAGCAGGAAGGACAAGCGGAAAUGUGGAAGAUAAACACACUCCUACGUCUCACAGUUUUCAGCAGGACUACUCUUAAGUAUUACAAAGUCUGGAUUCAUCCCUGAACGUUUAGGGUUUCUUGUUGUUUGUGCCAUGCACAUAUUUGGGCUUAAAUAUUUGCUGUCCUAAAGGAUAGUAAUUACUGCUAGUGUUGAAACUCACAUUAUUUCCAAAGAAUUCUAGGGACCAUUGGCUGGAAGAAGCCUUCCGGACCUGCCUUAUUCUAACCUGUUUGGCUACCUUUUGUUCUUCCAGGCACCCAGCAAUGAGAAAAUGGCCUCGCAAUUAUGAAUGGUUCUUUAUGAAAAUGAACAUUGAACAUGUCUGGCUUCAGAAUUGGUAUGGAGGAAUUGCCGCCAUUGCAGUGGAGGAGUAUUUCAAAGCAGUUCCCAGUAAAGCUUGAUCAAAAUUCCAAAUAAGAGGAUUCAGUGUUUCAUAUUUACUUUGGGGGUUGGGUGGGAGGUGCAACUGUUUUAUAUUCUAUGGUACCGACUAUUUAACAGUAUUUUUGUGCAAAGUACUUCAAAUGGCUCCAUUUCUCUUAAAUGGAGUAGGUUGACACAGUAAGGGCCUCUGAAAUGAAAAUGAAUGUUAAGGCUGGAGACAGAUGAUACUGGACUCUUCUUUAAGGUGUUUAAAUAUUCCUGGAUUUUUAUGAACAUGUAUACCACAGGAUGUGCUCAUUAUAAUUUUUGAAACUGGACAAGAAUCGGGACCCAAAAUGAAAUGGCUGGUAUAUAUAUAUAUAUAUGAUGGUGGUUAUAUUACUGCACCUAGUUGUUCACAUGAAACUGGAAAGAGCUGCUUAAAGUAUGUACAGAAUUUUAAUUAAGUUGACAUUAUAGAUUCCACCUUUCCUUAGGCACACAUUUGUCUUUAAUUAUCUUACAAAAUGCUAUACUCUUAAGAUGCUUUCAAUAUGGUUUUGGGACAACUCUGUAUCCUAACAUGCUUUUCUGGAAGACCAAAGAAGAAGUCAAGUCUUUAACUUUGCUUUAACCGUUCAGAAUGUGGCUGCAUUCACAUUUAACUGUUGCCUGGUAUUGUGAGCCUUAGUGUUGGGCUCAUGGAGACCCCACUCCCUUCUCUUUCU